AUGACCACCGCCACCAUCCCCGCCACGCAGCGCGCCGUAGUUCACAAGGACAAGGGUGUCGCCGAGGUCCGCACCAUCCCGGUCCCGGCCAUCCGCGACGACGAGGUGCUCCUCAAGACGGCGUACUACGCGCUCAACCCAACCGACUGGAAGCAGCUCGAUGCGAGCCUCACUGGCCCCGGGACCGUCGUCGGCGUCGACGUGGCAGGCGAGGUCGUGGCCAUCGGCAAGGGCGUGAGCCGCUUCGCUGUCGGCGACCGCGUUGCCGGCCUCGCGGUCGGGAACAAGAGCACCGAGACGGGCGGCGCAGCAGAGUACGCCGUCGUGAAUGAGGGCCUCGGCUUCGCCGUGCCCGCCAGCUUGGACCUCGCGCACGCCGCGACGUGGGGCAUCGGCGCCGGCACGGCGGCCCAAGUGCUCUUCCAGAGCCUCGGUCACGCAUAUCCGACAGGUGCAGCGGCGACAAACGACAACAAAGGACAGUGGCUGUUCGUGUCGGGCGGGAGUACCGCUGUGGGCAGCUUCUUGAUCCAGUUCGCCAAGCGUGCCGGCCUGCGCGUGGUCGCCACGGCGUCGCGUGCCAACUUCGACUUUGUGCAGCAGAACGGCGCCGACGCAGUCGUCGACUAUCACGAACCCGACGUCGUGGCCCAGAUUCUCCGCAUUACGGGCGGGCAGGUACCGCAGGGUGCCGAGCUCGCCGGCGGCGCGGGCUGGGCCAUCUCGACCAAGGUCGUCCGCGAGGGAGGGCUCGCGAGCAUCGUGCCCGGCGACCCUAGUGGCAAGGCGAUCGCGAGCAGCCUCGGCACGGUGCAGCCGCGCCACACCGCAUUCUUCAUCGAGAAGAACUUUGUCUUCACAAAGGACUUUUACGCGCGCGUGCCCCGCCUCAUCGCGGACGGGGUGCGCCCGACGCCAGUCACCGUGCGUGAUGGGCUGGACGCCGUCAUUGACGGCCUGGGGGAGAGCAGGGCCGGCAGAGUGAGUGCCACCAAGCUCGUGUUCAAGGUCGCGCCGUAG